UUAUGUUGAUUAUCCUUGGUAAGUCAGCAAUAAGUUAGGUGAAGAUUAUUUCUCAUUCUUUCUACAUGUUUUUUGGUGCUGCGUCCGUAUCUUGAAGUUUUGCUGCGUCUCUCUUUUCUCUAUCGAGGAGAUUUGUAUUUUACCAUCUACCUACACGAAUUCCAGCAUACCAAUUCAAUUCAUAAGUAUCCUAUCUAAGCAAAGAUGGCUAAAACGAUAUUCACAACAAUCACACCACUCCCUCCCAAUAUAUCCCGGAAAACUGUCGUCGAAACCCUCCACGAUCAUCUCGAAAUGAUCGAUCUGAAUCCAUCCCACGUGGAGCGCACUCUGACCAAACCUCCUUCUUCUGCUACCCCCGAAGAGUACCAUUGCCAAUGGUAUCGCAUCGUCGACAAAGUAUCCUAUCUACCCGCUAAUCUCUACACCGGCACCGUAUCCUUCAACGCCUGUUUUCACAAUUUAGCUAAUGGACUACAAACACACUGUUAUGCGCCCAUGGGACUAGACAUCAAGGAAAAAUGGACGAUAGGAGGAAACAUGCCUGGAGAACCAGCGGUCCCGAGAGAAAUAGGCAUUAAUGCGCCGGUGGAAGGAUUGUACAUUAGAGAGGACGUUGAAAUGAAGUGCAAUAUUCUAAUGACGAGAUUCGUGCGCAAAACAUUACAGGAGUGUUUGAAAGCGCUCGUUGCACGAUUGGUAGUAAAGGCACAAUUGCAAGAAGCGCGCGAGAGGAACCACAGAUUGACAAUGCGAAACGGAAGUGCAUAUGAGGGGGAAAGCGACACGAUGACACCGCCCAUUAGUCCGCCUUUGAGAAGUCCCGGUCUGGCAAGCGUAAGCAGUAUGGGUCGAAGAGGAAGUUCGUACAGCAAUGCGAGUGUGCCGACAAGUCCACCAUUGACUCCAUAUAAUCCUGAGAAAUGGGCGGAAGCGGGUAUGCAAGGUCAUCCAGCUUUACAUCCUUACACGCCUUUUCAAUUGCAGCAACAGCAGCAACAACAGCAAUUAUAUCAGAUGCAACAUGAUAGGAAGAGUUACGGCGGACAAGAUCACAGAUGGUCUAACAUUAGCGAUAAAACGCAAGCAUCACUACCAGCGCCAAAGUACGCGAACAAACCCGCCAAUUAUCCUCACAAACCUAGCAUAAUUGCAGAAAUGGAAGCACCGCCCGGACCCGUCGAGCUACCAUAAUCGAAAAAAAAGAAGAGUAAUAAUUCCGAGGAAUUUUUGAUUUCAUUUCAUUUGUGUAGGAGUAUUUGCUGGUAAUGAAUGGGAACAAUCGCUUGCUUUUUUAAUAUACCCGUGGUUAAUUGGAAGGAAGGUGGUGGUCACUGUAUACGUAAUGGGUAGAUGGGAUUAGGGAGGGAG